UCCCCGACUUCCUCUCGCUCUCUCCCUUCCUCCCCACCCCCAUAACUGAAAUAGUCUCCUAAAGGAUUGAAAAGGAUUGAGUCAUCCAUUCUGUCCGGUUUCCUGUGGUCACAGAAAGUUAAUUUUAGCAGGGGCGGCCAAGCAGAUAUGCGUGCAAGUGUCAAAACCGAGAGAGAUGAAGCCUUGAGAUGAAACUCUGGGCCCAUUAAAGAGAAAAAACUCAAUUCACUUCCACAGAAAUGUGUAGCCUCAUUGUGUUCAUCAACGUCUUCUGUUGAAUUAGCUGUCUGAAAGUUUGCAUCUGACUUCUUUCCUUGUGUGUUUAGGUUUGUGUGUGAGUGUGUGUGAGAAUUCAGGGGUCACCAAUGAAACCGCUGGGGUUUGCUUUUCGUUUUUUUUUUUCGGCUUUAGUGGAGGAAUGUUGGCAUAAAGUUUGGCUGGGGGAAGGCAGUGAGCGGCGUCUCAAGUGCUGGCAUUUGUUUCAUUUCAGCUGUAAUGAGUCUUGCCCUGUCGUGAGAGACAUUUCUGGCUUCAAACUACCAACUUCAAAGCUGGGCUUUUGAAAGUAAGAAAACUUUCAACAAGUCCUCACAUGAAACUCGUUCAAGACUCUGGAUAUGAAGGUUUAGACAGCCAAGAAGCUUUGUCUGUCUGGUCCUAUCGCCAUCCACUUCAGAGGAAACAAACGAGCUGCUAAAAACGAGCCGUUCUCCUUUCGAGAGCGAAAAGAAUCUGAAGCUAUGCAGAAGGGGGAAAGAAAAGUUAAGGCUGUGCGUGCAUAUGACUGCGCGUCUGUGUAUGUGCGUCUGUCGAUGUGUGUGCGUGUGUGAGGGGUGUGUGAGUGUGUGUGCGACUGUGUCUGUGUGGGAAUGAUUACAUCAGCUUGAGCUAGCCCUAUGAUUGGUUAGGGAAGUGUGGUUUGAUUCACUACCUAAAAGCCUGUGGCUGUAACCCUUUGUGAGGGGAACAGAGGCAAGUUGUCUGCCAAGCUGGAAACAGUGCCAUCUGCAUGCUCUGUCCUGCGCCAAAGCUAGACAGAGAGAGAAAGAGAAGGAGGGAGAUUGUGACAGGUAGGAUAUGCUGAGCCACUGACAGGAAGAAGCAUCUGCAAAGGAUCGGAACUGCUUUUUUCCUUUUUUUUUUGGUCCUUUUUUCUCUCUUGUGGAGUUGUGGAGACAUUCGGGGAGCUGGUUCGUCUCUCAGAGUGUGGAGGAGGACACAGGCUGCUGGGGAAAAUGCCAUCGUGUUCUCCUGACUGUUGCCUGCUCAGGCCUGGGGAGAUCAUAAAAAUCUUCAGUGAGGAUGGGAUGGGAAAGGUGGUGGAGAUCCCAGCCGACAUGACGGCGCGAGACCUGUGCCAGUUUCUCGUCUAUAAAAACCAUUGUGUGGACGAUAACAGUUGGGCGCUUGUGGAGCAUCAUCCAGCCCUGGGACUCGAGAGAUGUUUAGAAGACCAUGAACUGGUUGUCCAAGUGCAGGCGUCAAUGACCAGUGAGAGUAAAUUUCUCUUCAGGAAGAACUAUGCCAAAUAUGAAUUCUUUAAAAAUCCUUUGAACUUCUUCCCAGAGCAAAUGGUUGCCUGGUGUCAGGAGACCAACGGGACCAUCCCCCCAUCUCAGCUCCUGCAGAACUUCUUAAACUCCAGCAGUUGUCCUGAGAUCCAGGGAUAUUUGUAUGUGAAAGAAAUGGGCAGGAAAUCAUGGAAGAAACUGUAUGUGUUUUUAAGACGGUCAGGGUUGUACUUCUCAACAAAAGGAACAUCAAAGGAGCCCAGGCAUUUACAGCUACUAGCAGACCUGGAGGACAGCAAUGUCUUUACAGUAAUAACAGGGAGAAAGCUGCACAAUGCACCGACUGACUUUGAAUUCUGCAUAAAACCUAACAAAGUAAGGAAUGAAGUGAAAGAACUGAGGAUGUUGUGUGCAGAGGACGAGCAGAGCAGAACAUGCUGGAUGACGGCCUUCAGACUCUUCAAGUAUGGAAUAUUACUCUAUCAAAAUUACAAGAUCCCCCAGCAGCGAAAAACAUUGCUUUCACACUUCUCAGCGCCUGUGAGGAGUGUCUCAGAGAACUCUCUGGUAGCCAUGGAUUUCUCAGGGAGGAUAGGCCGAGUGAUUGACAAUCCUGUGGAGGCUCAGAGUGCUGCCAUGGAGGAGGGACAUGCCUGGAGAAAGAGAAGUCAGCGUAUGAAUACACUAGGAAGCCCCAGCCCAUUACACCCCUCAUCAUUAAGCGGAGUUAUCCACAGAACUCAGCUGUGGUUUCACGGUCGUAUUUCACGAGAGGAGUCCCACAAGAUGAUCCAUCAGCAGGGCAGAGUGGAUGGAAUGUUUCUCUUGAGGGAUAGCCAGAGCAAUCCUAAGGCAUUUGUACUUACAAUGUGUCACCACCAGAAAAUCAAACAUUUCCAGAUUUUACCGUGUGAAGAAGACGGUCAAAUGUUCUUGAGCCUCGACGACGGCGCCACCAAAUUCACAGACCUGAUCCAGUUGGUGGAGUUUUACAUGCUGAACAGAGGAGUUUUGCCUUGCAAACUUAAACACCCCUGCACCACUGUGGCCUUAUGACCUCCAUAUGCCUGAUUCCGCCUAAAGACAAACACUCAGACGCCGUGUGCUGUGGUGUAAUGCUGUGCUGCUGGGCUGGAGAAAAGCACACUGCGAGAGCAACUCUCUAUCAAGGAGAGAUGAAAUCAAAAGAACAAACACAAACAGGACCAGCAAGAAAUAAAGGAAAUAAAGCUUGUGUGUUAGCUGCUGAUGAACCUCUCAGCCACCUGCACACUUGACCGUGGCCAGAGCAGGUUCUCAGGACAAUCAUCCAGAGGGAGUUUUCAAAAUCCGCGGUCUUAAUCGUGCAGAGAUAAUGGUUUGGAAAGACCAGCAGAACACUGGUAAAUCACGUUUGAUUUCAUUUUGCACUCAUGAACCAGGUACAACCAAGCUAUGGCAAUUGUUGCUUUCAUAAAUCGAGCAGAUUUAAUUCUAGAAUGUCCUGUGAGAUGCGGACACCCGAUUGGUGGUUUCAGUACUGUGAAAAGACAUUGCCGUUAAAUUCGUGCUUUGUAUUGUUUUCACCGGUAAUCACUAGAAUAUUUUGACACUUGUUUUCUUUUUAUGUGCUCAUUGUGUUGAGCAAAGAACUCUCUUUUUUGGCCUCUUUUAUCGUGUUAAACCCUUGUGUAGUUUUUCCCCUUCACAAAACAUAACCUGCAGCACUCUCUACUGGCCAUACCAAGAAUUAACGUGUCCCUUCACGCCAAGGAAUAGUUGAUCUCAAAAAUGAAAUUGGCUUAUUUACUCACCCUAUUGUUAUAUAUGACUUUAUUCUACUUCUUUUUUUCUGUUGUUGUUGUUGAAAACAGAUAAAAAUAAAUUGCCAUACAACUGUAUUUUAUAGUUCAUAGAAACCAUUGCUUUUAGUUUCCACGACGAAAAAACGCCAUGCAAGUAUUAAAUACGACUCAUGUGCUAUAUUUCAAGCCAUACGACAGUAUUGUAUCCGAAACCGCAAGAAGUUUAGGUCCGAUUAUAAAUGUUCCCGUGUGCAUGACAACUCAAGAGUCCAGUAUUGAGGACUAAAACACUGCCAUAUGAUAGCUUUGUGUGAGGAACCAUCUGAAAUUUUAAGCUUACGUCUAACUCAUAUCUGCUAAAAUAAAAAAUCAAAUAUUUUGGAAAGGCAUGAAGGUGAAAAAUGAUGGCCAAAUUUCAUUUUUGAGUGAACUAUUCCUUUAAACAUGAAUACAAGAACAUGGCCUGACAUCACCACCACAUCCUUUAGGAACGGUGCCUUGAUUUUAAAGUGGAGUCUGUUGAGUAAUAACCACUAAACCCUCUGCUGGGAACUCCGCUGUGGGUCGCAGUCUAUCAGGAGCUAGAUCAACAAACUGGAAUCUUUAGAACUGCUGUCAUCUUCAGUCCCAGCUCCAGUCUAUUUUUGUUGUUGACUUUCUAGUUUUUCUCUCCGUGUUUCGAAAGAUUGUUUCGAGGACAGCACACUGUGAAGCUCGGGCUAAGAACACCCACAUAAAGAUGGGGUUCGAAUUUAUAAUCUGCCUUGUCCAUGGUAGCAGUAGGUACAACGGAUUUGUAAAGAUUUUUUUUAAUUUUUUUUGUACUUGUGACGCAAUGUAAAGAAAGAGCCAUGUUUUUAGUUUGUACCUAUAUUAUAUUAAACUAGAUGGAGAGGGCAUAGCCACCAUGUCUACAAGUUCACCCAAGAUAUCAAUGCAUAGUUAAAUGCAAAUGACGCAAUCAUUUUUAAGUAUUGCUUCAACAAAUUUAUUUAUUUAUCUGGAUUUGAUUACUUGAAAUUUAGUUUCGUUUUUUCUCAGCGCUGUUCAAUAAUAUUCUUCCGCAAUUUUGUGAAUUUUUUGGACCUCAGUUAUUAACUACACCCCCUUUCUUGAAUCUUUUUAACACUAAUUCUUCAUAAACAUCCUGCUGUAGAAAUCCAUCUUCAGUAAAGCCUGUUCAAUGGGUUGUACUGUUGUGUACAUCGCUGUCAAUUGUUAAUUUGACACUAUAUUGAAAACACAUCUUUUGGAAAAAAUAUUAUACACAAGUUAGCACAUGAUAUGGUGCAGCCCAUUGAACAGACAUGUAUUGCACAUGUAUUCCAGACAGCUUUGUUUCCAUUCAUGUUAGAUGAACUAUGGUGUCUACACAAUUAAGGUCUAUUUUGCAAAUUUCAUAUUGUUGUCUAUAAAAAAAAAAAUAGUAGUCACAAAGUAACAGUAAGCUGUUCAUUCAUAGAUGUAUUUUAAGAUACAUGCAAUUCAUGUCAUCUCAGUUAAGUAAGGGAUAAUGUACAAUCAGCCGGUUUUCGCAAAAAAAAAAAAAUAAAAUAAAAUCCUGAUAUUUUGACUGUACAUUAUGCAUCUUAUUGCACGGCUACUUACUUAAAUAAAAAAUGAAAUAUUGAUUAUGUGACAAGGAAUCAAGUAUUUCAGAGAGCUGUGUAAUAAGGACAUAAUCUCAGUUUGUCAGGUAGUACUUAGACCUCAUUGGAUGAUUUAACCACAGAAAUAGACUGCAGGGCUUAAGUCAGCGCUAUAAUUAUUCACUUGAAUAUCUUUCUCAGUGUCAGUUAAGUUAAUUCAAGCCUUGAGGAUGCGUGUAUGGCAGUGUUGAUUUAGCUGCAGUUUGGGUGGGUCGUACGUUCACCAAAAGACACAAGCAUACACACGCAAGCUUUCUGAACUUGACAUUAUUGUCUUUAUUUUUCAGGGUUUGAUAAGUGAAGCUAUACAAUCAGCCAGCCAAGGACUAAACUAACAACAUUUCAGUUAUGAUGCUAUUAAUUAGCAUAGUCGGCAACCAGUUUUGAUAUACUAUAAUUCUAGUGUAACAGUAUAUCAGGAAUUUUUCCGCCUGGUUCAGACAGAUGGAUGUAUUGAGUUUAGAGGUUAUAUGAUUUUUUCCCUCAGAUCAUUUAACCAUAAAAAAAGAAAAAAAAGAAAAAAAAACACAACAUUUUUGGAUUUUGCCAGUGAGGAAGUUAUAGGUUACUUAAAGGCUAGUUUAUUAUAUGUUACUGGUGAAUCACCUGUGUGAGUAAAAUUGAUCUGUAGGAUAGUCUGAGUACCAUUAGCGCUUAACCUACUUGUUAACUAGUUGGCCGUUCAGUCUAAAAGUGAGUGUGAGCAGGAUAUUUGUUCACAAUCCAGACACUCUGGGAGUUAAUACAGUAAUACAUAACAGACACGUUGUCUGUUCGCAUUUAUUUCAUUUGCAACAUUGUUUCGUUUUUACAUAUAUCAUGUAACAUGCAGCUCAACAGGACACUAUAGUUGUUCAAGCUGUUCAAGUUUGUAGAUACCACACUGAAUUUUUGGAUACAGAUUAUUAUUAUAAUUUUUUUUCCACAAUGGCAUAUAAAAUGAAGAAACUUGACUUAUUUUAGUGCAUUUU